UUAGAGCAGAAAUUUUAACGUACGAAGCCAGUGAAUAUUUUUGCCUUAAUUUACCGGUGCGCUGACAAAUGACAAUGCAUUCCCGGUGUGUGAUAGUUGCCGCGGUAGUUUUGGCUGGAUGGACGCAGGCGGACUAUAUUCCCGGUUCGGGUACGUGGUAUUCCGGACAGAACGCCCAGGUGGCCAGUGCCUUCACCCAGAACGGAAUCGUCUCGGAUGCGGUGGAUGUAGCGCCGCUACAGCAGUUAAUUAUGGCGUACAACGGAAGCACGUUCGUCCAGUUGGGGAAUGAACUGACACCGGCGGGAGUGACCACCCAGCCGGCGGUCUUCUGGCCCAUCACCUACGCCGACCAGCUGUACACACUGGUUGAAUUAGAUCUGGAUGCUCCGACGGCGACCAACAGCUCGCUGCGAUCGGUACUGCACUGGCUGGUGUACAAUAUCCCCGGGAAUGAUAUCUUCCGCGGACAGGUCUACGCGCCCUACAUGGGCAGUGCACCCUUUGAUUCAAGCCUCCAUCGCUACGUCUUCCUGUUGUUCCCGCAAACCCGCAGCAUCCAGUUAUCGGCCUUGCCCAGUGGAAACGACGCCCGUCUCCGCUUCAACAUGCGGACGUUUAUGCUGCAGAACGGACUAAGUCAGCCGUUCGCCGGCAAUUUCUACCGCGCGCGAGCUGAUGACUAUUCCCGACAAUACUGGGCCUCACAAGGCGUUACCAGCUUCUGAACAUUCCUGCUGCGCGAUACCUCAUAAAAAGAGCCAAGAAAGCUUGAACUCGAUCGGAACUAGAUACAAAAUGUUGCCUAUGGAAAAUUUAAUUUUGUCCCCAAUUAAGAAUCUCUCUGAUUCUGGUGAUGCGGUGAACGUGCUGCAUUUUUUUCUUAAAUUAAAAUUUAACGGCCCGGGUUCUUAAGCUGUAGUUAUUGAUCGUGCUGUCUAUAAAAACAAAGGAUGGUUGACCUUUUCACUACAAUAUAAACAGAAACUGCAGGCAGUACGUAACAGCACGUACAAGAUUUGACUUCGCGUGUGUGUUAUGAAUAUUUUCACGAUUUGCUUGU